AUGGCGAAAACCUAUGAUAAAAUGGAAUGGGUUUUCCUGAGGCAGAUGAUGAAAGCCCUGGGUUUUGCGGAACAGUGGGAAGCGAGUGCAGUGAAACAGUGUUUGGAGCAUUAUGAAAAACUGUCUGGUCAGUCUAUUAAUUUUCAUAAAUCCAGUAUUUGCUUCAGUAAGAAUACAGGUGAGGAGGUAAGGGAGGAGGUGAGUGCGCUGUUGGGGGUUGCCCAGGCAGUAGACUUUGGGAAGUAUUUGGGAUUGCCCUCUUUUGUUGGACGGAAUAAGAGACAAAGAACUAUGAACAGGUAUUAUUGGAAUAAGGGUGGUGCAGGUGGUAUACAUUGGAUGGCUUGGGACCGUCUCAGUAAGCCAAAAACAGCUGGGGGCCUAGGCUUUAAGGAUCUGAGAGCAUUUAAUCUUGCAAUGUUGGGUAAGCAAGGUUGGCGUUUUCUUACAAAGCCAGAAUCAUUGGUUGCAAAAGUGUACAAGGCAAGGUAUUUUCCUAAAACUGAUUUUAAAAAUGCUGCCAUAGGAAAUAACCCUAGCUAUUGUUGGAGAAGCAUAAUGGCUGCACAUAGUCUUGUAUGUGGGGGAGUAAGGAGGAGGAUUGGGAAUGAAUCAAAGGUGUCAGGUUUGAUGGAUCAGGAUACUCAUGCCUGGGAUCUGGAUAUUCUACAUGAUAUUUUUGACCCACAGGAUGCGAACCGUAUCCGUAGGGUGCCAAUCUGUCCGGAUUAUGAGGAUACUUGGUACUGGUAUAAGGAGCAUAAUGGAUUGUAUUCUGUUAAAAGUGCACAUCGUCAGAUUGUAGGGGAGAUACAGAAUACUACGACUUUUGAAAAAUGGCCAGCUUUAUGGAAGUUAGAUGUGCCCCCUAGGUGGAAAACGUUCCUUUGGAGAGCGUUGAGUGGUGUGUUGCCAACCACAACAGCACUUGUUAGUAGGAGGGUUGAUGUAGAUCUAGCUUGUCCCAUGUGUCUUGAUUUUAAUGAGGAUGUUAUGCAUUGUUUGAUAGAGUGUCAAUAUGCAUGCCAUGUCUGGGAUGAGUCUAGUCUUAUUAUUUCUUCUGUGCAUGGUGGAUCUUUUGUUGAAUGGUUUCAGAACGCGAUGAUUGUGUUAACCAUGGAUGUUCUUAUUCAAGUUGUUGCAGUCCUGUACCAUCUAUGGAAUGCUCGAAACUCUGUGGUAUGGGAGGCAUAUAUGAAGAUGCCCAAGCAUGUGUGGUUGGCUGCCAAACCAGCCCUCUCGACAUGGAGGCAGUCACGCCCAACAGCAGCGCCUCGGCAGCAGCAAGAACAAUCGGCGCCCUCUGGCUUGCAGUGUCAUGUAGACGCAGCUUGGUCCCCAUCGACAUGGGUUGCGGCGUUUGGCGCGAUUCUCCUCAACGAUCAAGGUGGCUUUGUAGCAGCUAUGAAUGGACGGUUGCCGUUAUGUGAGAAUGCUAUCACGGCAGAAGCACUGGCUUGUAAGGAGGCUUUAUCAUGGUUAAGGGACCGCCAGAUUACUUCAGUAACUCUAUCCACGGAUUGUUCGGAGUUGAAGUCCUAUCUUUCUACAGUUGAUUUUCAUCAUAGAUCGUAUGUUAGUAUUAUUGUCUGUGAGUGUCAGGCCAUCAUGGCUCAGUUUACUACAUGUUAUUUACAGCUUAUUCCUAGACGUUUAAAUAUCGUUGCUCAUACUUUAGCAUCUAGGGUCACUGACCAGGGUAUUACUAUGUUAUGGGAUGGUGACCCUCCUGAUUUCAUUAUUUCGCAUAUUCAUUAA